AUGUAUAAAGGCUACCCGACAGAAGUUAAAAGCAGCGCAGGGUAGAGGAUAACAAGACCAUAUAGUUAAUAAAAGUAUCUUUUAAAUUAACUUAGGGAGUAUAUAGAUAUGAAGUCUUCCCUUAAAUAGUAAUCGCAAUCUUGUGAAAAAUCCAACUAAUCCACAAUACUAAAAGGCAAAGUGUCUAACAAAUAAUAGGUUAAGAACAAAAUGAAACCAACAUAAACGCGAUUUUAAUUUUAAUAACCUUAGAGUUUAUAAACAACUCAUCGUUAUAAUGAUUCUCCAUAUGUAAAGCCUCAUUAAUAAUAACAAUUAUUUGAGUUAUAGAAAACUAUAAUGGCUGAUUCUAACAGAGUGGGUAAUAUAGUGAAUCAAAUGAAGUUUCACUCAUAAACAAAAAAAAAUCCAUAACAGCCAUAAAGGCAACACAAAUCAAAUUAAACAAAUUGCUAAGAAAAAUAAUCCUAGAGUUUAAAUGGUAGUUUCGAACUAAAGAAAAGAAUUUUUACUACCAAUUAGGAUGUUACUUCAAAAUUAAAUAUGAUUACAAAAUCAAAUAGAGCAUAAUCGGUAAUGGAUGAAUAUAAAACCACUGCUAUAGAACUGUAAUAGACGAUGAAAAUACCAGAACCAAUUCUGCCUUAAAGAAUUAUACCAUAUGAUUCUGAGUAAAAUACUAUAUUUAAUAUAUUAGAACUGAAUUCGAAGGAUACAGAAAAGGAGAUUUUUUAACUUUUGAAUCAGAAGAUGAAAGUGAAAAUGAGGAUUUCUUAAGAAAAGCAGGAAUUGAACACUUUUUAAAGAAUUUAACAGAUAAGGAAAUUUUGUUAUUGGAAAAAUAUAUAUAUUUAAGAAAAUACGAUAUGAUGGCUAGAAAUCCAAAAACAUCUAAAAGAAAUGAGCAAUUCUUAAAUAAUAAUACUUCAAGAACUUCAUAAUAAUAUUAAUAAUAAUUUUGCAAAAUUAGUAGAUAAACUAAAAAAUGA